UUUCUCAUUCGCUGGCUAGAAAGUUGAGUGAGAGAAAUUUGGAGAGGAGCUCAGGCUGGUCCUACUGGACAAUGCUAUGGAUACAAUCUGGCAGUACCAGUUUCGGAUUAUUUUGCUGGGAGAUUCCACUGUGGGGAAAUCCUCCCUUCUCAAGCGUUUCACUGAUGGCACUUUCAGUGAGCUGCAGGACCCCACAGUGGGGGUGGAUUUUUACGCCCGGGUGUUGGAGGUAGAGCCGGGCUGUAGGAUCAAACUGCAGCUGUGGGACACCGCCGGCCAGGAACGCUUCAGAUCAAUUACCCGAUCCUACUACAGGAAUUCUGUUGGGGGUCUGCUGAUGUUCGAUGUGACCAAUCGGAAGUCAUUCGAGAGCAUCAGGGAAUGGCUGAGGGAGGUCGAUAAUCACGUGUAUCCAAACAAAACCAUUUUUGUUCUGGUUGGACAUAAAAGUGACUUAAUAGAUGACCGUAAAGUUUCUCGUGAAGAAGCAGAGAGGCUGGCAGCAGCACUGGAUCUGAAUUAUAUUGAGACUUCAGCCAAAAAUAACAGCAAUGUUGACCAAGCCUUUAUGACAUUAACGGAAUGUAUUUAUGAUUCAAUGAAAGUCGGGGAGAUUGCACUUGAGGAUGGUUGGGAUGGAGUUAAACGAGGAUUUAAUCCACGGAUGUUAGAAUCUCCAAAAGAGGAGAAGCAGAGUGAUUGUAACUGCUAACCUGUCUUUUGGGUGUAAUUAAUGAGUCACUAUAUUAAAAGGCGGCUAGGUACUCAGAGUGCAUUUGCAACAUGCAAUUGUAUCUUAUUAAUUCCCCCCACCCAGUUAUAAGAUGUGGAAUUAACUGAGCAAGCAAUUUUAGGAAGCCAGCAAUCAUUAAUCACUGACUUGUUAACAAAGGGUGGGUGGAGUAGUGGUGCAAAUUCCAGUAGUAGGAGUCAUUCUGUAGUAAAGGGAGUUUGCUAGUGCGUCCUUUUGAGAUCCAACAGUGUUUGAAAGAAGCUGCAAACCUGUUUUUGGUGGUCGUGGGCUUUCUUGUUUCAGCAGCAUCAUGUUUAAUGAGAGCAGUUUGGUUUUCUACUCUGCUAUACACAGGAAGCUCAGCAUUGGUUUUUGUUUAGGAAAUCUGCUCUCUUUGGAUGUGGCCUAACGUUGAUUUAUUUCCAUGGCACAUCUUGUACAGGUGUCAAGAGAUAAAUGAGUUUUGCACAGCCUUAAGCUGUGCUUUUGUAACUGCAAGUGUUCCACUUUAGCCCAUGUAAGGGACAACAAUACAACAAUUGAUUCAAUUUGUGUAACCUGUCUGUUUUGAAUUUAUUAUUGAAAAGCACAAAACCCAUUAUAUU